GUCUCAUGCCGGCCUCACCUCUCCACUCCUGAGUGCCUGUUCAAAGAGGCAGAGAUGACACCCCAGAACCUCCUCCCCUCAGCCUCAUUACGCAACGUGACCCGAGGAUAACCAUCAAUCCCCCCCGAGCGGCGCUCGUAAGACCGACACACUACCCAGACACAGAGCCCCCCCCCCCCCCCCCCCCCCCCCGGCUUCAGGCAGCAUGGGAGACGGGAAGCUGGGUCUGUCUGAGCGCCAGCUGAGUUCACCCAGCUGCAGCAAUACAGCGAGUGUGAGUACCCACGUGUUGUGUGUGUGUGUGUGUGUGUGUGUGUGUGUGUGUAUUCAUGCUAUAGCCAAAGUGUUUAUGCAAAUCAAUUACAAAAGACUUUCAAGUAGGUUUUCAGUCCCAGAAGCACACGUGUCAUUAAUAAGACAGACGAAGCACGACUCAACACAUUAAUUGAUAAAACAUUAAUUUUAGUUGCAAUUGUAAAGAUAGCGGGGUGUCUUUGUGUUUUUAAGUCAUAUACAUUACACGCUAUCGUUUCCCAUUUUGUUUACGCACUGAUGAUAGAAAACAACUAAUGGAGCAGGGUUUCAUCCGGAAUAUUUGGCAUCAUAUUUUUUUAUUAUUAUUUGAUGACACCUAUUAGCCCGCCGGGCGAGCUACUCAGUUAAAGGUGAAAUCCCUGUUUUAUAGACCCGGGUGAGGUCAAACCACAGCAGCUCACACAGGAUGGUCACUAUGAUUGAGUAAAGUGGUGACUGUGUGUGUAGGUGUGUGUGUGUGGAUGUUGGUGUGUGUAGGUGUGUGUGUGUGGAUGUUGUCUUGUGUAUGCAAAUGAUGUUGUUGCUUCACGCAUUGACUUUGUAUUGUUCUCAUUGCAAAUGUUGCCCAACACCUGAGCGAUUGGCUGGAAGAGGAGAACAUGACGUGUUGUUGUGGGACAGGAAGUAGAGAGUUUACUCUGUGGAGGAGAAGAUCUUUGUUGUAGUCGUCUCUCUUUUUGGUUGUGUCCUUUGCCUCCGAGACAUCAAACGAUUGGCCGGCCUCCUCGUUCACGCCGCCGCGGCCGCUGGCUUUCGGUUUACGAGGACACGGUAAUGGGAAACGUAAUAAAUGUGCACGCCGUGGGGAAGGCCGUCGCUUUGAGUGAUGUGAGGAGUGGGAGGGCUCGUGUGCGUGUCACCGGCCAAUGAAUCAAGGAGCUAAUGAAGGACGCGAUGCGCUCGUCUCUGGAGGCGGAGCCAUGCGAGGACUCCACAAAGAAGCUGAAGGAUGUGCUGGAGGAGUUUCACGGUGAAGGAGUUCUCUCCAAAUACAAUCCAGAGCAGCCCAUUGAUUAUGAGGGCUUCCAGCUCUUCAUGGCCACUUACCUGGAGAAUGACAUCCCAGAGGAGCUGUGUCAGCACCUCUUCACCUCCUUCAAGAGCAAGACGGGAGGAUGCUCCCCCGAUCCGUCCCGUGCGGGAACCAGCUUGCUGGAAGCCUGUUCCAUUGACGCAGGCAUCUCCAUUCAGACCGAAGUGGCCUGUGCCCCCAUUACAGGGGUGAAUGGGAAAAGCAUCCUGUCUGCAAUGGGCCGGCACACACCGGAGCUCUCCGGCGUGAUGUGCGCGGCGGCCUCCGCCUCCCCGUGUUCGUCUCGCUCCUCCUCGCAGCGCUCGGGGACGGGGGUCCACACGCCUGGGGGGCCCCACCGAUCACCCUGCACCCAGGUCAAACCCUCAGAGGGGAGCAGCAAUGCCCUGACCCCCAACGCCGGCCCCGCCAGGUCGCCGGUGUCCCCCAAACUUUCCCCAGAGAGGAGCCGCUCCGAGAGGCACCUGUCGCUGCGGAGGAGGAGCCCGUCGCCCCAGAAAGGGGCCCCCCCCACCUCGCCCCAGGUGGUCUUCCUCAAGGACAUCGUCUGCUACCUUUCCCUGCUGGAGAGGGGGACGCCGGAGGACAAGCUGGAGUUCAUGUUCCGGCUGUACGACACAGACGGCAACGGGGUUCUGGACAGCUCGGAGCUGGAUCGCAUCAUCAAUCAGAUGGUGCAUGUGGCAGAAUAUCUGGAGUGGGAUUCAACUGAACUGCGACCGAUACUGAAGGAAAUGAUGGAAGAGAUCGAUUAUGACCGAGACGGGACGGUCACACUGGAGGAGUGGAUCAGAGGAGGCCUCACCACCAUCCCCUUACUGGUCCUGCUGGGCAUGGAAACGGAUGUGCAGGAGGACGGGCAGCAUGUGUGGCGUCUGAAGCACUUCAACAAACCGGCCUACUGUAACUUCUGCCACACCAUGCUGCUCGGAGUACGCAAGCAGGGCCUGUGCUGCUCAUUAUGCAAGUACACCGUGCACGAGCGCUGCGUGUCCAAAGACAUCGCCGCCUGCAUCAGCACCUACGCCAAGUCACGGAGACACACCAACGCCAUGCAGCACGUUUGGAUGGAGGGAAACUCUCCGGCCAAGUGCGACCGCUGCCACAGGAGCAUCAAGUGCUACCAGGGCCUGACGGGCCUGCACUGCGUCUGGUGUCAGAUCUCGCUCCACAACAAGUGUGCGUCUAACGUGAAGCCGGAGUGUGACGGAGGAGCCCUGAGGGACCACACUCUGUUGCCCUCCUACAUCUGCCCCGUCGUCUUGGAUCGUCACUCCGUGGUGAAGCGUGGCGAGGGCGAGUCGCCGCCCAGCACCAGCCCCGACGACAUCAGUCAGACUUUCAAAUUCUCCCCCGGAGACGGACAAGCGCUGCAGGUCACCCCUCUCCCGGGCACUCACCCACUCCUGGUCCUGGUCAAUCCCAAGAGUGGAGGGAGACAGGGGGAGCGGGUGCUGAGGAAGUUCAGGUACCUGCUGAACCCCAGGCAGGUGUACAGUUUGGAGCAAGGGGGCCCGAUGGUGGGGCUCAACUUUUUCCACGACGUGCCUGAUUUCCGGGUGCUGGCUUGCGGAGGUGACGGCACCGUGGGCUGGAUCCUGGACUGCAUAGAUAAGGCCAACUUCGCCCGGCGCCCCCCUGUGGCCAUCCUGCCCCUCGGCACGGGGAACGACCUGGCCCGCUGCCUCCGCUGGGGGGGAGGUUACGACGGCGGCAGCCUGCUGAAGUUCCUCCGGGACAUCGAACACAGCGCCGAGGUGGUGCUGGACCGCUGGAACAUCGACAUCGUGCCCGACGACAAGGAGGAGAAGGGGGACCCCGUCCCCUACAGCAUCGUCAACAACUACUUCUCCAUCGGAGUGGACGCCUCCAUCGCCCAUCGCUUCCACCUGAUGCGGGAGAAGCACCCCGAGAAGUUCAACAGCAGGAUGAAGAACAAGCUCUGGUACUUUGAGUUCGGCACCACGGAGACCAUCUCGGCCACCUGCAAGAAGCUCAACGAAUGCAUCGAAGUGGAGUGCGACGGGAUCAUCAUGGACCUCAGCAACACCUCCUUGGAGGGCAUCGCCGUGCUCAACAUUCCCAGCAUGCACGGCGGCUCCAACCUGUGGGGCGAGUCGAAGAAGCGGAGGAACUACAACCGCAUGAGCAAGAAGGUUCCCGACAGGAUGGCGGCCGGCACCGUCACGGACGCCAAAGAGCUCAAGUUCUGCAUGCAAGACUUCAGUGACCAGCUGGUGGAGGUGGUUGGCCUCGAAGGGGCGAUAGAGAUGGGUCAGAUCUACACCGGGCUGAAGAGUGCCGGGCGCAGACUGGCCCAGUGUGCCAACGUCACCAUCAGGACGUCCCGGCGGCUGCCGAUGCAGAUCGACGGCGAGCCCUGGAUGCAGCCGCCCUGCACGAUCAGGAUCACACACAUGAACCAGGUCCCCAUCCUACUGGGCCCGCCUCAGAAGACGCCGUUCUUCUUCUUCAAGAAGCGCAACCGGAGCCGCGACUAGGACACGUGCACACACACAGAACGACACACACACACACACACAUGCACAGUACAUAUAUACACACACACACACACACACACACACACACACAUGCCGCCCACUGUACAGGCAGCUCCAUCAGACGACUGGCACCCGCUGUUUGGAGUUUGAAAGGGGGAGGGGUCACGUCGUGGAUCUUUUCCCCCCGGAGGAACCUGCAGGGAUGGCGCCCGAAAUGAAAAGACUCUCAGUAUACAGCACCGACCUAUUCCUGUGUAACCACCGUCCUCUGGUCUGGUCCCCAAACCUCCCCCCCCCCCCCCCCCAUCCCCAUCCCCCUGCCCUUCUAAUCUCAACUCUGGCUUGCUGGAAUUCCCUCGCAGCCCCACGGGGAAGCGACGGUGAGGGUGAAAGAUGGAGCUCCGUGGUCGGUAAUCGUGGUUGUUUACACGGCCGGUGAGAGUAACUAGAGAGUAAGAUCCGCCUCUUCGUUAAAACGGCCGUAUGAAUAAUGAAGAGGCGGUCGCUUGUAAGAGCACGAGCUCCGGGGGCCUCCCCCACAGGCUGGUAGAGGAAACGCCUCAUCCAUUAUUGACUUAUUUUUGUUUGUGGGUCGGCGGCAGUGGGGCGUAGCAGUGGCCUGGAGUGGGUUGAAACAUGCAGGGAUUUUUUAUUUAAUUUCCUUUUGGGCCCCCUGAGCAUCACCGGCCCACAAGAAAAGAAAAACACACAUUUCCUUUAAAGCGUAUUUACAGAACGUGGAGACGAUCUGGAGGUUCCUCUCACUGUGGAAAUUGACCAAUUAACUUCGUCGUGCAGCCGACUCUGUGUGACCUCCAUCAGCAAAACGAGACCAUCCGCCAGAGGACCGCCUGUUUCCGUGCCCGUCAUCGUGGGUCCAAAUCCACGGCACGUCAGACCAAAACGAUGUACCAGAAAUUCCUUCAGCUCAGACUCCAGGGGUCCAGACCCAAAUCCAGGGUCCUGGAGCUCACGGCUAGCCAGCAUCGACACCUCGCUGCUGGAGGACGCGGAGAACAAGAACCAGGACGAAAGUUCCUUGUAGUAAGUUUAGGAAACUGAUGACGACCUUGCGUCGCUGGGCUCUACUGAGCACGUGCAGAGCGCGGACAGUAAACAGAACUACCGAGGAUCGACACGGCCACCCUCCAGCUCCCGUCUGCCACAGGACACUUCUAGUGGGUCAAAGGAUUGAAAUAAACCCCCUCAAGGGUAUAACAGCACGGUUGGGAAGGGGGAGAGGGGGGGGGGGGGCUUUAUUUACCGGAGCAUUCACAGGGGAACUAAAAGUGUCCCUCUAUUCCAGGGAGGGUCUCUCCUCCAGUGAAACCCGACGCCUAAUUACUGCGUCAAACACCAACUCGCAAUGUCAAGUGUGCAAAACCCCCGAGCCCCCCCCCCCUCCUCCUGUUCAAUGGACACCAAAUAAAGAUGUGACUGUGUGUGAUGGAUGACGGAUAUGACACCCAGAGAGAGGUUAUGGUUCAGUGCUUAUGAAGAAUGUACCCAUAUUACCGUCCCCACGAUAUGGCCGAUUACGUAGAGCAGUGCGUAUAUACAACAUAUUGUAUAUUUCUGGAAAAUAGCGGAGUAGCUCACAAAAUACUGUACACGCAAAGUGUGUUUUCGUAUAUAUCAUUGUUAUUAAUAAUGUGGAGAUCUUAGCUUAGAGGAGGAUACAGAUCAGUGUCCUUCGACCGUACGGAGUCGCUCCGGUCGCCCCUCGGGGGGGGGGGGGGGGGGGGGGAAGGCAGUUUUUAUUCGUCUCGUUCACAUCGUUUGGAGAUUUUCGGUGGAUUGUUGCGUCAUCGUCGCUCCCCGGCUCAGCUUCCUCCUACAAAUGUGUGACGAAACAAUCUCACGGUUCACGUGGAGCGACCUGGUCCUGGAGCUUGUAUAUCGAGAGUAACAAUAGACCCCUGAUGAAGCUUAUAUAUAUAUAUAUAUAUGACAAAUUAACAUUUUUGACCCGAUGGUGGCGCUAGAUGAAGAGUUACGGUAUCCUUCAGGUCAUAGCGUUUGUUUUGAGGGGGAUAGAACAGCCAAUGAGAGAGCUGUUGAGAUAUAUUUCACCCUCCAAAAAACCCCUCAAGGUGGCGCUACAGAGUCGGAGUCAGUAGGAGUAGUUCAUCCUCUGGGGACCAUGACCUUGACAGAUACAUUGUAAACCUUUUUAGGCCUCAGAAAAAGGUUGACGGGGAAAAGGAAAUGGGAAUCUUUCGUCACACACUUAAACCCCUGAGGUCCAGAAAAAUGGCCGACGAAAUCUUCAAAGAAGAUCGAGCAGAUUCUCAAUGUGUAACACCGAAUGACGAGCGUGUGGCGCGAGAAAAACUGCCUUUCGCAAUGCAAGUGUCACAGGGCUGAGGGAGACUGGGGAGGGGGGGGGGGGCUCUGGUACAAACUGUCCCUUUAAAAAUACCCCCGAGUCAUCACUCUCGCACCCAGGCCCCAUGAGAACAGACGGGACGCGUGUCCUCGUGCACCCCACUCUUUUUUGGGGGGGGGGGGGUUUUGGCUUCCUCCAAAUCAACUCGUUCAGGUUAGCCACGUGUCGUGCGGUUCCUGUUAAUCAGAAAGCACCGCGGCAUUGUGGGUAAGGCCCCAAGUACAGCGUUUCCUCCCUGAAGUGGAGCCUGGGUGCCCGGGGAGACCUCGGUGGGAAAAGAGUGCAUGUUUACAUUUAACGAGAGAGUUGUUUUAGACGGCUAUAUCACCAAGUGUAUAUAUUUGUUUAUGAUAUUUUAGCUGAAGUUGACUUUCAUCACCGCAUGCCUGCAGAAACAAAAGGAGGGUGAACAAAAAGAGAGCGUGUGGAUUCAAACUCGUUUCUUUUGGCUUAAAAGCGUGUUUGUGGGACAACAGAGGGAGUGGAAGGGCCCCCCCGCCCGUCUGAGGGGGUGUCACAGUCCCCCCCCCCCCCUCCCCCGUCCUCCGAAGAGAUCGAUCGGCUCGGCGGAUGAAUGGAUCGGCGCUCACGAGCUCGGCACCAGGAAGUCGAUCGCUCCAUCGCCAAGGAGGGGAGGAUCAUUUGUGGCAGCGCGUUUGACCUAGAAAGCACCAAAAUGUCAUCAUACCCCCCCCCCCCCCCCCCCACACACACACACACACACACACACACACCCGAAUUUAGACCAACAAAAUGCAGACAAUUCUGUCAAUAUUUGGCAACGUGGCGUAGUGAUUUAUGUGUCAACCUAACCUUCAGUUAGCAGCAGAGGUUGGUUACCGUCAUAGUAACGCACCCAUCUGAAUUGACCUUUAUUAUCGAGGG